AUUUGUAUUAGUAUUAUGAAACCAUGUCUCAAGAUCCUGGAAGAGGCAGUGCUUGUGGUCUCCAGUGAAGGGGAAGAUGGUGCAGGUAAAACCAGUUUAAUAGGCAAACUUCAAGGAAUAGAGGAGUACAAGAAAGGAAGAGGAAUGGAGUACUUGUACUUAAAUGUGCAUGAUGAAGAUAGAGAUGACCAAACAAGAUGUAACGUGUGGAUUUUGGAUGGUGACCUGUAUCAUAAAGGUCUUCUUAAAUUUGCAAUGGAAGCUAACUCUUUAAAGGACACUCUGAUUAUGUUGGUUGUAGACAUGUCUAGGCCUUGGACUGCAUUGGAUUCUUUACAAAAGUGGGCAAGUGUUGUAAGAGAGCAUAUUGACAAAUUAAAAAUUCCUCCUGAAGAAAUGAAAGAAAUGGAACAAAAGUUGGUAAGAGAUUUCCAGGAAUAUACAGAACCAGGAGAAGAUUUUCCAGCUUCUCCACAAAGAAGGAACACAUCAAUGCAGGAAGACAAAGAUGACAGUGUGAUUUUACCUUUGGGAGCAGAUACGCUAACAUGUAACUUAGGCAUUCCAGUAGUAGUAGUUUGUACAAAGUGUGAUGCCAUUAGUGUCCUGGAAAAAGAACACGACUACAGAGAUGAACACUUUGACUUCAUUCAGUCACAUAUCCGACGGUUUUGUUUACAAUAUGGUGCAGCACUUAUUUACACUUCAGUAAAGGAAAAUAAAAAUAUUGACUUGGUGUAUAGAUAUAUUGUCCAGAAAUUAUAUGGAUUUCCUUUCAACGUAUCUGCUGUUGUUGUGGAAAAAGAUGCAGUAUUUAUUCCUGCAGGAUGGGAUAACGACAAGAAGAUAGGAAUAUUACAUGAAAACUUUCAGACACUAAAAGCAGAUGAUAGUUUUGAAGAUAUUAUCACAAAACCACCUGUCAGAAAGUUUGUGCAUGAAAAAGAAAUAGUAGCAGAAGAUGAUCAAGUGUUUCUUAUGAAGCAGCAGUCUCUAUUAGCAAAACAGCCACCUACUGCAGCUGGAAGGCCAGUGGACGCUUCACCAAGAGUUCCUGGAGGCUCCCCUAGGACUCCAAAUAGAUCAGUAACAUCCAAUGCGGCCAGUGUCACACCCAUCCCUACUGGCUCAAAAAAAAUUGAUCCAAAUAUGAAAGCUGGAGCCACAAGUGAAGGUGUCCUAGCUAACUUCUUCAACAGUUUGCUGAGUAAAAAAACUGGCUCCCCAGGCAGUCCUGGCGUUGGUGGUGGCAGUCCUGGAGGAGGAGGUAGUGGAGGAGGUGGCAGCAGUUUACCACCAUCAGCAAAAAAGUCAGGCCAGAAACCAGUCUUGACUGAUGUUCAGGCAGAAUUGGACAGAAUUUCACGAAAACCUGAAAUGGUCUCUCCAACACCUGCAUCCCCCACAGAAGGCGAAGCAUCUUGAAGACACCAAAUAAAGCAAUUCAUUCAGUUUUCUGGGAUAAUUUAAACUUGCCUCUGCCUCUUCCUUCAGUGACUGGAACUAGACAGCUGAAACACUUUCUGAAAAGGACAAACAUUUGAUGUCUUGAUUUCAUGUGUUGCCCAGCUUUAAAAAAGGGAGCUAAUAGAGAUGGAAAACUAUACCACACCAUAUAGGACUACUGUUCAUGGUGCAGUUUAGAGAAUUAACUAAUUCCUGGAUUUUGUUGGAAAGUCAGUGUAAUUGUGUAAAAUGGCACAUAUGUCCACUUAAUCAUAUAAUGUUAAAGGGCUGCUUAAAGAAUUGGAAAAUGAUAUGCAGCACGGGCACUUCAUGUAUAUUGAUCUUCCAUCUUAUUUUAGUUGACUUUAAUACAGGUUAAUCUUUGAGGGAUAGAACUACUAGUUUUGCUGGAAGAGAGGAUAAUCAGUUGUUAUAACUUUGUGCACCAACAAUAAAACUAACCUGAAUAAAAUUCAUCACUUCAUUUGGAAUAUGGCAACAAACCUGUCUGAUCUCAUUUGAGAUUUACACUCCAUGAAAAACUUGGGCUAAACUUUCAUUCCAGCAUAAAACUAAAACAUUGGCCAAUUUGAUAAUGUCAGACACUGAAACUAUUUGUGUAAAGGAAAAAAACAGAGGUUAAUUUAAUUAAUAAAAAAUGUACAGAUUAUCAGUAUCCAGAUUUUUUUCUGUAUAUAUGGCUCAGCCUUAAUAUCCCCUUUUUGUUUCCCAAAUUAGUUACGGUUUUAAAUCAGACAAUAAAACUGUGAUCAGUUAAUAAAGUA